AUGGCAGAGGGCAUAAAAAAAUAUGGGAAAUCUUUUCUUCCUUACAAUUCUCUAAUAGGAAGAUCAUAAAAUUUAAAAUCUGAUGCUUCUUUUGAUCCUGUUUAAUAAUUGGUUGUUGAACCUAAAGUUCCAGAUUAAUAAGGAGACGCAAUCUAAUUAAUUACAGGAGACAUCCCAUAAAUCUAAAAAAUUAUUCAAACAUAAUCCCAAUAAAAUUAAAGAGUAGUCUCGAAAUUAUCUUAUGAUGGAGGGAUUGAGUUAUUAAAGGAUAAGUAAAAAUAUAUAGAACUACUUAUCACAAAUUCUCUUGAAAGCAAAUUGCUUUAAAGACCACUCAUAUUAUUCCCAGCCUAACAGUAAUAUUUAAAUUAACUUGGUACAUUAAUAAGUUAAUCACCUAAUGGCUCUUUUUGUCCAUUUUUAAAUAUAAAUUAAAAAGAAAAGCAGCAGUUGCACUAAAAUUUAGAACAAUAACUCAAUACAUCAAAUAUUUGUCAUAAUACUUGUCAAUAAAACAAUUAUUCUAAACAAUAAACUAUUCUUAAGCCAAAAGCAAUCAAAUAAGAUUUGCAUUUUAAAAAGGAAGAAAUAAAUUUUCUGAAUUUAGAAGAAUCUUGUUAAAGCGAAGUUAUAAAAUAGGAGGAAAGCAGUUGGAAUGAACUUCCAUAACCUCAUUUGAUUAAAAAGUACAAUAAAAAACUAUUAUCAAAUGAUAGUUCUGAAUCAUUUAAAAUCAUAAGAAAGAAAAAAGAAAAAAAAAUUAAUGAUACCAAGAACAUUACAAAGAAUUUUUCGAAAGCAAUUAUCUCAUAUAUCAUAAAUAAUCCUGAUUUACUUAAAUAAUUCUUCUCAAACAAAUAAUAUGAUGACUUUUUGCUUUUACUUAAAAAUAAAAAAAAUCAAAUGACCAAUAUAAAAUAAUUAAGAGAUCUUUGGAUUGAUGGAGGAAAAUUUUCUGAAUUUAAUAAAGUCUUUCGAAUUAUAAGGUAUAUAUUGUAUGUAAUAAUAAAAGUUAAUACUUUUUAAAGAAUCAGUCAGUAGCUUACGUUUAUAAUUCUAGAAUUUCUNUAUCAUUGUAUCUGAAAAUAAAGUUUACAUGUAGCUCUCUUUUUAAUUAAAAUAUGCUAUCAAUAUAUCAUAAUAUAAUUAAAUAUGGCAGAGGGCAUAAAAAAAUAUGGGAAAUCUUUUCUUCCUUACAAUUCUCUAAUAGGAAGAUCAUAAAAUUUAAAAUCUGAUGCUUCUUUUGAUCCUGUUUAAUAAUUGGUUGUUGAACCUAAAGUUCCAGAUUAAUAAGGAGACGCAAUCUAAUUAAUUACAGGAGACAUCCCAUAAAUCUAAAAAAUUAUUCAAACAUAAUCCCAAUAAAAUUAAAGAGUAGUCUCGAAAUUAUCUUAUGAUGGAGGGAUUGAGUUAUUAAAGGAUAAGUAAAAAUAUAUAGAACUACUUAUCACAAAUUCUCUUGAAAGCAAAUUGCUUUAAAGACCACUCAUAUUAUUCCCAGCCUAACAGUAAUAUUUAAAUUAACUUGGUACAUUAAUAAGUUAAUCACCUAAUGGCUCUUUUUGUCCAUUUUUAAAUAUAAAUUAAAAAGAAAAGCAGCAGUUGCACUAAAAUUUAGAACAAUAACUCAAUACAUCAAAUAUUUGUCAUAAUACUUGUCAAUAAAACAAUUAUUCUAAACAAUAAACUAUUCUUAAGCCAAAAGCAAUCAAAUAAGAUUUGCAUUUUAAAAAGGAAGAAAUAAAUUUUCUGAAUUUAGAAGAAUCUUGUUAAAGCGAAGUUAUAAAAUAGGAGGAAAGCAGUUGGAAUGAACUUCCAUAACCUCAUUUGAUUAAAAAGUACAAUAAAAAACUAUUAUCAAAUGAUAGUUCUGAAUCAUUUAAAAUCAUAAGAAAGAAAAAAGAAAAAAAAAUUAAUGAUACCAAGAACAUUACAAAGAAUUUUUCGAAAGCAAUUAUCUCAUAUAUCAUAAAUAAUCCUGAUUUACUUAAAUAAUUCUUCUCAAACAAAUAAUAUGAUGACUUUUUGCUUUUACUUAAAAAUAAAAAAAAUCAAAUGACCAAUAUAAAAUAAUUAAGAGAUCUUUGGAUUGAUGGAGGAAAAUUUUCUGAAUUUAAUAAAGUCUUUCGAAUUAUAAGGUAUAUAUUGUAUGUAAUAAUAAAAGUUAAUACUUUUUAAAGAAUCAGUCAGUAGCUUACGUUUAUAAUUCUAGAAUUUCUAAUACUAUAUGGCAUCUCAAGUAUAGACAAAAUCUAUUGAGAGCUUUAAAAGAGCCUGAAAAUUUUAGAUUUAUAAAAGAUUUAUGAUUAAAUUGUUUGUUGCCAAAUUCAAAUAUAG